AUGGUGGCCAGUAGUCAACAAAAGACUAAGUUCCAUGCAAAAAAGGCAAGACUUGAUCACUCUUCUUCUGACCCGUCAUUGGUGGCUGCGGCAACAACACAGCCAAGUCAGCCUUUAUCUGCGACAGGGCCAAUAUUGGUGCCACCCAAGAAGCGCACAGCACCGUCCAUGGAUCCACCAAGCAGCAUGCCAACACAUACAGAUCCAGCUGCCAGUGGUAGCUCUUCAAGACAAGCACCAAUUGUUCCCAGGCCAUCUGGAAGUGCGCAGCCAAGAGCAGCUACUGCUACACUGGAGCAGCUGUUGCAAUUACAGCCUGGGUCUAGCUCCACAGCACCUACUACAUCUGGGCACUCAGUAGUCACAGGAGGUGGAAGCUCACAGAGGAAGGUGUUCCGUCUGAAAGCAUCAAAACUCUCAGCUAGUAAUCACUCUGUUGACGCAAAAAAGUAA